CAUAGAAGCUUGUAGAGGAGUACAGUGCCACUCAAGGCUCCACUGCCACUGCCCCAUGGAAGUCCCCUGGGUGGAAGGGAAGAAUGCCUGGAUUGCCCUGCACGAGUUUCCAGAGGUGAGCGGCUCAUCCACUUUUCAUCCUACCCAGCCUUGGAUCCCCAUUUGGCAGACAAAAACCCCAAGGGAACAUACAAGAGACACACUGAGUGAGGGCAAAAGAAAUGGACACUUCUCUCCUUUCCUGCUUUCUCUCUCUCUCAUUUCUUGCAAGCUGUUAGCUCUAUCUUGUCUCUGUCACUUUCACAAGAGAGCUAUUUCCAUGGGUCAUUUUCAAGUUCCCUUUUUCAUCCCCAAACCCACAGUUUCCAACUGCCCGCAGCUGCUUUGCAAGGCUACCUCGCCUGCCCCAUUCACGGCUCCCAGCCCCCCUCACCGGGCUAGAAGGUGACAACCGCGAAAAGGAGGGCGACUCUCCUCAGCGGGGGCUUCGAGUGACAUCACAUCCUCCAAAUGCGAAAUCGGGCUCUGUGGCCGGCCGAAGGGCACAGCUUCCCCCUCCACGCCCCACGGAUUCCAGGGCGCCUCUCUUCACGUCCGAGUUUCAACCUGAGCCGCGCCGCGGGGAGCGCGCCAUGGCCUCGCGGGUGACCACCUGGCUUCUGCCGCUGGCCCUGCUGCUCCAUGUCGCGACAGCCCAGCCGCUGAAACAGUUCAGAAUGUCGCCGCCGGAGGUGGUCGGGCGGCUCGGCGAGAAGGUGGAGCUGCGCUGCGAAGUGCUGUUGAUCCCGGUGGUACAAGGCUGCUCCUGGCUCUAUGUGCCGCCCGGCGACGCCGCCAGACCCACCUUCAUCAUGUACAUCUCUUCCACUCGAACCAAGGUGGCCGAUGGCCUGGACCCUCAGCAGUUCUCUGGCAGCAAGAGCCAGAGUUCGUACACCCUCACCUUGAGGAGCCUCCGCGAGAAAGACCAAGGCUACUAUUUCUGCACGGUCUUGAGCAAUUCGAUGAUGUACUUCAGUCCCUUCGUGCCCGUCUUUCUGCCAGCGAAGCCCACCACGAAGCCAGCGCCGCGACCACGCACGCCGGUGUCCCCCACCAAGUUGCACCCGAUGUCCGUGCACCCAGAGGCUUGCCGGCCCGGGGCGGGAGGCACAGUGGACACGAGGGCACUGGACUUCGUCUGCGAUAUCUACAUCUGGGCGCCCUUGGCCGGAGCCUGCGGGAUCCUUCUCCUGUCACUGAUCAUCGCUGUCAUCUGUCAUCACAGAAACAGAAGACGGGUUUGCAAAUGUCCCAGGCCCCUCGUCAGACAAGGAGGCAAGCCUAGCCCUUCAGGGAAAUGCGUCUGACAUGGCACCUGGCCUGUGCAACAGUCACUACAUGACUCCAAACUGAGACCUCUCCUUGCAAGACAGCAACUUCUUGUUGGUUUUUCCAGUCUUCUAUGUAUUAAUUCUUAUCACUUUAGUGGGGGAAGGGUGAGAAGUUACUUUUUCUUUAUGUAUUUACUUUGACACAGAACCAAACCAUGUAUCUAUGGUACACCACAAGGGUUGAAGCUCCGUUGUACACACUCAUUGGGUAAAGGGUGGAGAGCAGCUCUCCAGAGCUACCUGAAGAGCCACUUCUCAGAAUCAUGCUGGUAGAACUGGAGGUGGUGUCUAGACCUCCUCCCCAUCCAUCGUAGAGGAAGCUGAAACUCAGAGGUGGCAGCAGCUUGAUCACAGUGACACAGCAAGUCAGGGUUGGAGUCAGAGUUGGAGGAUCCCUCCUCUGCCAGCUCAGGGUUCUUUUUUCUAUGCCUUCAAGUUUCUCUCUUCCAGAGGCCAGUGCCUCAGGGCGAAUGCUUUGUGUGUCAAACCACAAGGGAACAAGUAUUUUUUCUGUACAUAUGAUUUACUCAGUACCAGCUCUGAGCUUGAGAAGGUCAUGCAAUAAAGACAAGAGAACUUCUACUUUUUUGACAGGUUCUACAAUGUAGUUGAACAUCAGAUCUUUUUAUACUGAAGUGUGAAAUUGCCUAGACAGUAAGGUGAAGGGGUGAACUAAACCCUGGAAAAUGAAUUCCUUCAUCUCUAAAGCAAAUCGUUCUCCUAGCCCUUGCACAGCAGAAGGUGGAACUUUACAAGUAUGAUUUGUGUAUCAGUAAAGUUAGAUAUACCGAGGUAAAGUUGGACUGAGAUCUGCUCAAAUCUCUAAAUAUAAGAUAGCAGACUGGAACACGCUCCUGGGACCGCCCAUGACAUUCUAUACUUGGUAAAGGCAGAAUUACUGGAGAGCUGUCAGCACCUUCCCUGGCAUCCCCUUGGUCAACCAUGUGAAGAUGAGGCAGAACAGACUCCAGGGAGGAGGCCGAGAGCCAAAUCUGCUGCCCCGAGUGUGAAUUUCCUGUCUCAGUGUUGUACCAGCAAUGAACUUAAAGAGAUGUAAGAGGGCUGAUAGAGUGGCUCAAAUGACAGCACGCCUGCCUAGCAAGCCUGAAGCCCUGAGUUCAAACUCCAGUACCACCAAAAAAAAAAAAAGUGUAAGAGAUGUAAGAAUCAUCCAUAAUUCUUAGUCCACUGUUAAUAUUUUGGUGUACUGAUCAGUAUGGUGUACUGAUAUUAUGGUUCCUGAUUUUCUAUGCGUAUAUGUAAAAUAGAUACCCUGUUUUUAAAAUGGAAUUAUACUACGCUUUUGUAAGUGGCUUUAGUAAAAAACAUUUAUAGUGUUAUUUUAAUGGCUAAAUAGCAUUACAUUUUUGGUGGUGCCACAUUUAUUUAUUAACUACUAGCUAGUGUUUCAAUCGCUUCUAACUUUCCACUACUAUAACACUACUAAAAUUUUGUGCAUCUUUCUUUAGGGUAAAUACCUCAAAGGAAUCAGGCCAGCCCCCACCUUUACCCUUGGCCUCCCAUUAUCAAUCAAUCAUCAAUCAAAAUGAAUUAGCCUCUUCUUCCAUCAUCCUCCUUUUUAUUCUCUCUUGGUAGCAGAGGAAGUGAUACUACUCCCAUAACUGAUCACAAAAAUCUUCAUUUUGUUGCUGAGGUACAAUAUACAUACCAAAAAAAGUGUACAAGUUCAAGUGUACAGCUUGAUGGUAUACCCAGCACCAGGUCAAAAUAGAACUUCAUCCCUGCUCCCCCCACCAAGCUAAGAUUUACCACUGAACUUUACCACACCCGGGCUUUUUCCUUUCCUUUCCUUUUUCCUUCCUUCCUUCCUUUUCUUUCUUCUCUUCUCUUUCCCCUUCCCUUCCCUCUCCCCUCCUUUCUCUCUCCUCUCUUCCCUUUCCUUCCCUUAGAAAUGGAGGGAGGUAUCUCACAAUGCUGCCCUAGGCUGGUCUUGCUCAAGCGAUCCUCCUGCUUCAGCCUCCCCAGUAUCUGAGACUACAUGACCACUGCCCCCAGUUUAAAAACCUUGACUUUUAAAACCAAGAUACUUUUAGAGAAGUAUCUAAUAUGUGGGAAAGAAGACAAAGUUGGGAAAUCCCCUGAAUCAAAGUCUGGCUCUUGCUCCCUCCCCGCUGAACUCAUCAGCUGAUCAGAACCAGGUGGCACCACAGGGACUGAGGCUCAGCUCAGAGCCAACACCAUGCUAAAAAAUUUCUGUAGACUCAGAGCCAGGGAAGGGCUCUGGGUGCCUAUGGAUUUGUUGGGGAGGACAAGGAGCAUUGUCCCACAAUGGGUCACUCUGCUUCUUGUGGUAGAAACCUGUGAAGAUGGCCGUGGAGCACCAAGGAUUGGGCCAAGGAGAACUAGAAAAGAGCAUUCCCAUUAUGAGUUUUCCCUCUUCAGCCAUCAGCUCAAGUGCUGAGUAGCAAAGGGGCUACACUUGGAAGCUUCUGGAAAGGGUCAAAUACUGAGGGUUGGCUGGGUUCUUUUUUUUUAAUACCCUCAAUAAAGUUAUUUCACUUAUGUGAUGCUUAAUCUUGAUCACUUGAUUGGAUUAAGAAACACUUAGAUAAGCACACCUUAGAUAACACUUAGUAAAGCACACCUCUGGGAAUAUCUGUGAGGGCACUUCCAGAGACAAACAGAUCAUGAGCUAAUGAAGUUUAAUCCACUGAUGGAUUUAAAUUCUUAAUAGUUUUAAAGGUGGUGAAACUUCUGCUUGCUUGGAGGAAGUGGGCUACUGGGGAGUGUCCUUGGGACUCUAUCUUGCCCUGACCCCUUUGGUGACUACACUGCUUCCUGCCCACCAGGAGGUGAACAGCCUCCUCUUCCUCAUUCUCUUGCUGGCAUGAUCUGCCUCGUCACAGGUCCAGAAACAAAGAGCCAAGUGACCACAGACUGAACCUUCUGAAACCGUGAGUUAAAUCUUCCCUCCCUUAACUUGUUCUCUCAGGUGUUUUGUCGAAGUGAUGAGAAUGUAAUUAACACAGCUUACAGGUAAAACAGUAAUCAUUUAGACAUUCAAAAAUCAAUAUAAGAAAAAGCAUUCUUUAGAGCUGGCCCUCAGGACUAGGGAGAAAAGAGGUAGGCAAUCUGUAGGCCAAGUGGCCUAAAGCAUGCUAAAGGCAGGCUGUGAAUUUAGGCUCAGGGCUCAAAGAUGACAAGUAUCAUCCAAUCUGUUUGUUAUACAUGUGCAAAAGGAGCAUCCAAGCCCCACACUGGGGGCUUACACCUGUAGUCCCAGCUACUACGGAGGCAGAGAUCAGGAGGAUUGUGGUUUGAGGCCAACCUGAGUAAA